AUGACUAUCGUCUCCUUACAUUGGAAGAGAAUUUCAGACAUGUCCGUGAAGUCUAAGAAGGUUACGGAGUUUGAAUUCGACUUAUCCGUUUCGGAAGAUCCUUUAUUAUGGCCAGAAUGGUCCGAUGUGACGCUAAAUAAAGAGAACUGGGCAAAUCCUAAAAGCUGGGUCUGCUUACGGUUAGAAAUCGGCUAUUUGUCGCCCCAAGACAAAUGGGACUUUCUGAGGAAAUACGCCGACCAUUUCGACUGGGAAGCGGAAGCGACGGAACAGGAAUUUUUGGACAGCAAGAAAAGCAGCGAGGGCAAGAAGUCGAAAGGAACAUCACGGUCAAAGAAGUCUAAGGACACGAAAGAGUCGAAGAAAUCGAAAGAUACCGAUCGAUCGAAAAAAUCGAAGGGUGGUCAACAGAAGCCAAUUAUGUUAAAGAAACCAGAACCGGUAACUUUGUUUCUCGGUUUGGAUGACAUGAAGACGCUUCCAUCAGAGAAAGUGCCCGGAUUGUCCCCUUGUUGGAGCCAUUUUGUUUACGUUGCACAGUCACGUGACGUUCCCUUGGAUCCCAAGGAUGUGAAGCCACCUUUGGCGAGAUGGAAGCUUUACCGCUGGCUAAAGUGGGCCAUUCAACAGGGUAUAAUCGAUCCAGUCGAAUACUUCGUUCCAAUUCGUUCUCUGAAAAUUGUCAGUCCCCUAAAAACUUUCGAAGAAUCUAUAAUUAAUAAAUACACCGAGCAAAUCCCCGAAGAACACGAUCAGAAAAACGUUCCAGAUUCUAAAGCUACAUCCGAGAAGUCCGAGAAAAAGAGUAAACACCGUGACAGAUCGAAAGAAUCGAAAAGUCCGAAGGCAAAAGGAUCUUCCAAAAAAUUACCGGAAGAAACUCCUCUGCCGGACAUUAGUUUCUGGGCAGAUUUCAAUAAAAUGGAACCUCACGUGAAAGACGUGCACUUCUUCUAUAAGUUGGACUAUUUUCAAUAUACCGCGAAGAUAUCGGAUCGUUUCACAGGCAAACAACCGGGCGAACAAAAAAUAGGGUCGAAGAAAGGUAGCAAACAAGGGAGCAGAGUAAAUUCUCCUGUCAGGACUACGUUUACGGAAGGAUUCAUCGACGUUCACUGCUGGCCAGAGAAGAUAUCCAGUAGUCGAAACGAGCCUCUCUACAUCUUCACCGACUCCGUGGAGGAGAAAUUCUUCUUCAUCAAUUUCUCCACGUUUCAAGCAACGGUCGAUCCUCUAGCAGCCACUUCGGAGUUAGAUAAAGGUACUAGCAGGACAGUUCACGAUUCAACAGGACAAUCAAAUGAUUUCCAAACAGUGGCGAGUUCUAUGCCACCGGUAGUAAAUAAGGACUACCUAAUUAUAGAAAGACACAGUUGGUUUCACAGACAGAAACACGAGAGCAACUUGGUUCACCUUCUAACCGCUGGAACGAAGGCAACCGUGAUGGAAAUGGAGUCAGGAAGACACUUGUUACGAAUGUAUUGCGGUUCUGAGUGUCAUUGUUUCAUGACUAUAUCAUCAGACACGAUCUUCCACCUGGGCGACCGUAGGAAAAUGUAUCGGCUGAUGUCCACGGAGUCUGAUACGAUCGAUCAGAAGGUGAAACACAUCAGCAAUUGCGUGAGCAACGCUUACCAAUCGUUUGGUACUGACAGGUACCCGGAAACAUUGAAAAGUUACUACAAAAGUUACCUGCCGCCUGCCUGGUGCUUGAAGAAGAGGACUAAGGUCUUCUAUAACCAAAUACACACGUCCUUUCUCAGCGAGAAAGUACGACUGAUCAAAAAGAUCCUACCCCAGGACCAGGUAACUGGCAUCGUGAGAUCAUUAAGAAUAUUCUUUCUAAAUCCUCGCAUUGGUUUCGAGCGUUACAAUCCGUUUACCGAGGCUCUGCUAUCUAUACGAGGCACUACUGCGAACGCCAAAAUCGAGAGACAACAUUCCUUCGAGGAGAACAUCCUGGAUAGGGACAUCGCUGCAUCGAUUAUUCAGUCGGUGUUCAACUGGUUUCUGAUCAAGAAAUACAAAAUGAUACAUAAUCCCAGACACCGGGAACACCAAGAGGUCCUAAAGAAUCUUCUGAAGGUGGUGGAAUUGUUCAACUACAAUAAACGGGAGUCUUUAGCUAGUCAACUGUUCAGAUACAUACUGAAGCACUUCGACAUCCUUCGGGACAUAUAUCCUUGCUCCAAAGACUUCGAAUACACUAUCCAAGUACAGGAAUUGACGGGGACAUUACCAAUGAUCAAGCCAAACCAGUGGCUACCAAUCACGAGGUUCAUGGUGAAUACCCAAGCUACGGAGGCUGCCUUUGCACGGUUCGAUUUGUUCAUCGAUCUACCUAGGUACGGUAUACGUGUCUUCAACAACGAGACUGGCAAGGAGAUGUUACGGCUGGUGAACAACGUCGCUCCAACUCGCUAUGAGAAUGUUAAGCAAGGGUACACAAUUUUCGCGUACGGUUGGAACGAGGAUCAACCGAUGAAAGAUGUGACCUGGACCAUGUUCAUAAUCACCAAAAAAUGGCAGCCGAUCUUCUACUCUAUGAACGAAGAAAUUUCUCCAUCUACCAUGCUGGUGGCUCCUCCCCUGGUAACGGAAGAACUAUCCAACCUUUAUAUACCAAACAAUAAAACGACAAUAUCGAAGUGGAUUGUUCGGGUGAACAAACCCUGUCUGGUAUCCUUCAGACUGAGGACAUCUCACGAUAAGGUGAAGAUCAAGCUCGUGGUGACGAACACGGAUGGAGACGUGUUGUCCAAAAUCGUUGGAACUUCAGUGGUCAUUUUGCCGUUCGCGUACUUGGGCUUAAACGCAGAGUCCAGCGUGACACAUUUUAAAUUAGAGAGUAACACCGAAAGCAGUCACGUCGAUGGCAGUACGUCCAGUGGGAAAGUUUUGAACGGAGGUGACAACGAUACCGUGGAAGAUUCCAUCGAGGGGAGGAUCGAAGUCAGUGGAAGCAGAACCAGCGAGGAGUCGGCGGGUCAUCGAACUUAUUACGUGGAGGCUUUUGUUCUUGACGACAGCUGGCCGUUGACGACGUCGGAAUGGACGGUCGUGACGGAGCACAAGGGGAAGCCUGCCGGCUCUACCAUUCGAAUGAAGCCGUCUGGGUCAAGAUUGUCUAAAAUGGAAGUGUCGAAGACCAGGAAGGCUUCGAGACAGUUCAGCGAGACCAGUCAGACACUCGAGAAACCGCAUUGGGUUCUGCAAGUGGUCUCUAACUUCGGAAACGGUUUAGAGAUAGCUGAAGACACGUCGAAGGAGAGGAAGAUCGCAGAGCUGAAGGAAACCUGGGCGAAGGAGAAACCUGACAGCUUGGCACGCGGCAGGGAGCUGCGAGAGAAUUUCCUGAAAAAGCACGAAAUCAAACCAGAGCCAUCUGCGAUAGACGUACAGAAGAAAUCUACGGUGACUGGAAGAACUUCGAUUAAACGGGAGUGUUGCGUGGAGGUCCCAGCGUCUCAGAUAGAAGUCAGAACGUUGGUUCUACCUCAAACGCUUCGGAGACUUCCACCGCUGGAUCUAUCGGUCUAUGUAGUCAAAGAGGAAGAAGAAGACAGUGCGUGGGCGAAGACACAGGCCGACGAAGAGUUUCUGAGUAAUGCUCGAGUAAUGAACAUCCUCUACGCUCAGGAGGACUAUAAUUACUUCGUCGAAGAAAUGAUUGGUCUGUCGAGAAGAAGGAAGGAGAGGUAUCGGUUUCUCUUCGAGGAGCACAAAGAGUCGUUUUGGGAGAAAAGGAUGCUGGUGGAGGAUGUGUACGAGGACAGAAAGAAUUAUAUCGCUACCAUGAAACCUGAAAGUGGUCGGGGCAGUAAGAAAAGUGCUAAGACUAAGACUACUAAGACUAAGAGUACUAAGACGAAGAAGACUUAA